AUGCGGGUGACCGAUGACACCAGAGUCUACGCUACCACUUUCGAUUUCGAAGGGACGUCAAACUGCCGUAUAUUUUCGCCAGAGGUGGAAAAGUGUUCGCCGGAGCACCGUGAAGCGAUACUGCGGGCGUGCAGCGCGGCCUCGCUACGCAUCGGCGCCAAGAUCCAGACGCUGUGGAGCGGCUACGGCGAGAUCGUCCGCCUGCAGUUGGAGGGCUGCGGGCGGCCCUCUGUGGUCGUCAAGCACGUCAAGUUCCCUCCCGCGCAGGCUGAGCACGCCGCCGCCGACCCGGCGGCCGAACGCUCCCAUUUGAGGAAGGUGAGGUCCUACGAGGUGGAGACCUACUGGUACCAGAACUACACCACCAAUCCUAGGUGCAGGAUACCCGCCUGUCUGACCGCUUGCGCCCAUGCAAACGAGAUGCUCAUCGUGCUGGAGGACCUGGACGUGGCCGGAUAUGACCAAAGAAGAACCAGCGUGAAGGAUGACGAGAUGAGGGCCUGCCUCAGCUGGCUGGCCCACUUCCACGCUCACUUUCUGGGCGUGUCCCCGCAGGGCCUGUGGCCAGUCGGCACCUACUGGCACCUGGAGACACGCCCGGACGAGCUGGAGGCCAUGGGCGACGCCAGGCUGAAGGUGGCGGCCGGCGCCGUGGAUGGAGCGCUCAACGGCUGUCGCUUCCGUACAGUCGUGCACGGCGACGCCAAGCUGGCCAACUUCUGCUUCUCCAGCGACGGACGGGACGUGGCGGCUGUGGACUUCCAGUAUGUGGGCGGCGGCUGUGGGAUGAAAGACGUGGCGUACUUCCUGGCCAGCUGCCUUGAGGAGAGAGAGUGCGACAAGAAGGUGCCGGGCCUGCUGGACCAUUACUUUGCAGAAUUAAAGUGCGGGGUGAGCACCCAGGUAGACUUUUUGGCGCUGGAGGAAGAGUGGCGGGAGAUGUUCGCCUUCGCCUGGACCGACUUCCGUCGAUUCCUGCUGGGGUGGAUGCCAGGACACCGGAAAAUCGACCGCUACAGCAAGAGGCUGGCUGAUGAGGUUCUGCACAAGCUCAAGCUUUGAAUGCAAACAAAAAGAUCAGUUUGACAGUUUUUAUUUGUACACUACUUACACAUAUUUGGGAGUUUGCAAUAUUGGUCUUUCGGGCCCAACAUCUCAAAAGCCCAAUAGUUUUUGUGAGUUUUGUAAUACAGUACACACUCGCAGAAAAAUAUCAUUUCAACACAAUAAUCAGAUUUUAAAAAAUAGAGAGAUAUUUUGUUGGAUGUUAUGUGACUGAUACAAAAUAAAAAUCAUGUCUGUGGCUGAA